AUGUUCUCACAAUAUGCUUCAUCCUCAAAAGAAAAUUAUACAAUUUUGACUGCCGAUUUAGGACGGUUGGUACGACGGAUUUUUCCUGGUGUUCAAAAAGCUAGGAUAAACUCUGACGACGAUAACAGCUAUGGAAAACGAAUACAUGUAUACGAAGGUAUUUCGUUUGUAAAUUCACCUACUAAAAUGACUUGGAGUAACAUUAUGCAAUACUUGUCGCCGUCAUGGGUUCUUUGCCAAGCGAAUGAAUCGUUUGUGGAGUGGAUUAAUGUUACCGAUGAUGUGUGUAACACUGAGCGGGUUAUGAAGGAACUUAAAAUCGAUAGAGACCUUUCGUUUAAAUUACGUGUCAAAUCUAAAGAGGUAAAUAUCGGACAGUAUGUAAGAAACGCUGUUCCUUAUAAACAUUAUUUUGACAACUUGUUUUCGUUUUUGUUGAAUGCUCCACUAUGCAAGGGGUUUAAAGUCGAUGUGGAUAAGAAAUCCACCAACAGAGCUGGUACGGUUGUUGGAAUAACGGAGAAAUGGUCUUCCAGUUCUGCUGAUCAGGCACAAAUGCCUUGUCUCAGACACAGGGCUGUUAAUUGUUCAGUCCUUUUGACUCCCCACCAACUGACAUGUGGCAACUGUUCCAAGAUUAAAUCCAACUCCUUUUAUAAGACUUUUCAAAUCCAACCAACUGAUAAGAAAAGUGCACCACCAAAACGUGAAACAUACAUGACCACUGGAGAAAUGAAAGAAAAGUUGCAGUUAGAGAAGAAAAUGAGACUCAGUGGUGAAAAAAGAGAACAACGGUUGAAAGAGUCAUUGAAAAUGAUGUACAACUUUGAUAUAGAGGACAGUGAAGAUUUUGAGAAAAUGUUUUCUAACAUUGAUGAGAAAAAACUUUCACCUGAUUUGAAGUUGUUCUGGCAGGCACAGAAGAAGGCACUUGAAACGAAAGACUCAAGGGGCAACAGAUGGCAUCCAAAGUAAGUUUUAAUUAUAUUCCAUAAGUGGGUUAAUUAAAAACUCAUUUUCCUAACCCAUUGUCCCAUUCUUAUUUGCCAUUCAGUCUUGGUAUUUUUCAGUUUAGAGAUAUUAAAAUAUGGACAGAUGAUUUUGUUUGUAGGCCGAAUUAAUCUAUUUUCUUCUUGUGUAGCAUGUUUGAAUAACUUAUUACCUGGUAUUUUACUCUGUCUAAUGCCAGAUGAUUUACAGUACUUCUAAGUAGUAGGGUAUAUAUUUAACAUGAAAAGAAUACAUUUUUUAUGGUUUAAGUUAUAAACAUUGUCGUCAGUCUGUAGUGCAAUAUUUGGGUGUGCCUAUAAGUAUAAGCAAAAUUUUAAAUAUGCAUGUGCCUAUAAAAUGCCAGCUUUUUUACCAAAAAUGGAAUAAAAGUCACUUAUAUGUGCUGUGCUUAUAUGCAGGGUACUAGAGUAAUAGUUUAAUUUGCUAUAUUUUCCUACAGAAUUAUUCGUUUGUGCCUUUCAUUAUGGAUCAAAAGUCCGAAAGUGUACGAAGAGCUCAGACAAAGUGGUGUGCUUGUCCUACCAUCAGGUCGUUUACUAUCAUUGUACAAGAACUCAGUGAAACAAAAGCCAGGAUUGAAUGAUGAGGUAUUGGAAUGGAUGUUGAGGGAGGCAGAUAAACUAAAACUGGACUCGUUUGGAAGAGAAGGUGGACUUAUUUUAGAUGAAAUGGCUAUACAGGUAUAUUAUUUACCAUCUACAGAUGUAAUGCAUCUGUGUAUCAUUGAGUUGGUGUGCAAUAAUAAUAAUAUACAGUACACGAUAAUAAAAAACUCAAUCAUAAUGUCAAUAAAAAUUAUUUUAAAUAUUGUAAAUGACUUUCUUGUGUUAUUGAUAAGAAAUGCAAUGAAAGGUAUUCAUUAAUUAUCAGUCAAUCUACAUAUGGUAAUACAUUUUUAUAUUCACUAGCCAGUAUCAAGGGGUCUGAAAAUAGGGCAUUUAGAUCAACGUAUUGUCUGUGUAGAAUUAAAUACAUUAUGUUAUAUUUAUGAUAUUUUUCUCAUUUUUAGGAAGGUCUUCAGUUAAAAGUAGAAAAUGGUAUUACAAAGUUAGUUGGACUGGUUGAUCUGGGAGAACUACAUGACACAAUGAUAGCUUUAAAUGAAGGUGAAUAAACUGUACAGUGUGCACAUAAUAUAAAUAAUAUGUGGUGUAAGCAUGUAAUUGAGUAGUUUACUGUAUUUUUUAUUAAUUUUUUUCUCAUUAUACACAACAUUUAGGUAGGGACUCAGAACCUGAAAUGGCAACUCAUGUAUUGCAGUUUGUAUUUCUUGGUAAUACUGGCUUUAGAUUCCCCUUUGCACACUGGCCUACCAAAGAAGCAGAUGCAGCUACAUUACAUGACCUUUUCUGGAAAGCAGUUUUCUGGCUUUUAAAGUCUAAAUUUGUUGUCACAUAUUGUUGUUGUGAUGGAGGGGAGAGUAAUCGUGGUUUUAUCAAAAUGCAAUUCGGUGGUAAGAAUCCAGAAGAAGAGUAUUUCACAGUCAUCAAUCCAUACACAAGAAAACCAUUGAUCAUCAUUUUUGACUUCCCUGUAAGUACUCGUGCAUGUACAUUAUAUACAAUUAUUUGAUACAAACUAGAAAAGGCUCAACAGCAUGCAUACAGAGAGUGUACAUUAUGGUGGUAUAAAUAUAUGAUUAAAAAACAUACACUAGUCUGAUAUAUUUAUAAAAAUGCAAACUUAAGUUGAAUAUAAUAUUCAUAUAUUUUGCACCACCAGGUAAAUAUGAUUUACUUAUUUUAUAAUGUAUUGUAAUGUAUUUCUUAUUAGCAUAAUGUAAAGAAAUUGAGAAACAAUGUAGAAAAGAGUCGACCUGGAGGAACAAGGAAUUUAACUGUCGGACCAAAUCCCAUAGCUUGGCACCAGUGGAUAGAAGCUUUCAAGUGGGACCAGAAAAACUCAUUACCAGCUCACCACCGUCUGGGCAUGGACCACUUUGAGCUGGGAUAUGCCACAAAGAUGAGAAAUCAUCUAGCAGAAGAAGUUCUUAACAAAGAUAUGUUAAAUCUUAUGAAGGUAUGUUAUUAGCUCAUGGUGAUAUGUUUUUGUAUGGUAAUUAUAACUGUUCUUGUCACCCUCAAGUUAUUUAAACCCCUUACUAUAAACAUUGUGUACAUAAGGGGUUGUUUACACUUUGACGGGAUGAGAGGUGGGUGAUUUUUUUAGAUUGAAAUAAGUCAAGAGGCAUAAGUGAAAAGUCAACAGCCAAUAAUAGAAAUGAUGUUAACCAUGCAGAUAUUAUAUAGUUUAAUUGACAAAAUUGUUCACUGGUUGUUCAAACUACAGUAUCUUUUGCUUUCAACAACUUUGAAAUCUGCAGUACUAUAAAAGUACAAUAAGUUAUUUCGCAGAAAAUAAACCGUACUUAACUUAACUUUAUUUCACUAAAAUCAAAACAUAAAAUCGUCCCACCUUUUAUCUUGUUUUGACAAAGUGGGACCAUGAUAAAUAACUGUCACUAAUAUAGUCAAUAUAGACAUUCUUUGUUUAAUAAAAAGUUUGUUAAUUAACAAUAGUGUUGUGAUUUAAAUAUUUUAGAGUUUCAGAAGGCACCUUCUUGAACAGUCUAAGACUCAGAGUGAAACACAUUGUUUGGAUGCCACAGUAGAGUUUUUGGAAAUGACCAGUACACUUAUACAAAACUUCUCAAGUCACCAGCCUUACUCUUCAAUGGCAGAUCCACGUUUUACAGAGAAUGACCAAUGUUUGACAUGGCUCAGAUCAUGGCGGACAACAGUAUCAGCCCGCCAGGAUAUGAAGGCAUCUGAUCGAAACAAGAUGUUCUUGUCUGAUAAAACCAUGUUUGAUGUGUCAUCCACAAUUAUUGGGUUCAGAGAGUUCUGCAAACAGGCAUUUAAGAAUCAUCCUGGUUGCUCUGUUGCUGCAUACAGAAUGAACAGCAAUAUUGUGGAAAAUGUGUUCUGUCAGCAGAGAGGUCUUAAUGGACAAAACGAUAACCCUACAUAUGCCCAAUACGGACCAACAAUCAACAGUAUUCUGCUGGGACAAACAUCUGUAACCAAUAAGAGUAACACCGGUUCUGUUGAAAGUUUGUCAUUCUAUAAACCAUCGAAAUUACCAGUUCUAAGGAAAAAGAAAUGA